AUGCAACACGGCCGGCGUAAGUUGUCACACGAUGAGACCUCUUUGGAGCAGAAGUCGUUGGACAGGGAGAAAGCAGCUAAGGCGUUGAAGCUCAUGCAUGAUGUAUUGGAAGCUAGGAAAACCUGUAAGGAGAUGACUCCAGAAGUGAACGGGCUGACUAUGAAGGCCUUGCAGAUCAACCCGGAGGUUGCCACGAUUUGGAAUUUCCGGCGCGAUUUGCUCUCUCGACUCCCCACAUCCUUGCGAGUGCCUGCUUUGGAGAAGGAGUUGGAGUUACUCAACAUGGCCACCAAACAUAUCACCAAAUCCUACUGUGUAUGGCAUCAGAGGAGAUGGGUCGUAGAUGAACUCCUUGAUCUCCUGUCGACCAACAGUCCGGUGGAUGAAGGCAGCAGUGAGCAGCAGACUCCAGAGAGGUUGAUAGCGAGCGAGCUGAGUGUCAUUGAUAAACUAUUGUCAGACGAUGGCCGCAACUUCCAUGUGUGGAACUACCGAGCGUAA